AAUAGAGGAUCUUUCAACUGGUCUUUCCUCCGUUCGACUUCUCUUCGCUUCGUCUACUCUCUCGUGUGCCAAUACUGCCGACUCUCCGUCACAGUACCGUCACACCUCCUUUGUUCUUUAAAGCUUUGAUGCUGACGCCUUGAGCCACCCAUGGUCUACAAACCACGAAUUUGAAACUUGUUGUUUUUGGCCGUCACCUUGUCCUUUGGCCAGUGGCAUAAAAAGGAGUAUAAAACCAACUCAAUUCUUUUUAAGAUACCUCUUCGUGAAAUCUUUGGAACAAAUUCUGGCCCUCCGUAUUAUGGCCUACUAUGCCUCUCGAGUAUCUCCACGUUCGAAUGCACCCCCUCCUAACUACGACGAGUACUAUCGAAACGCCCUCAGUUACGCAGAAGGAACGGAUUACUAUGGUUCUGUCGGGAAUGAACACCUUUUGGGAGUCCCAAUUUAUGAACAUAAACUUGAAACACGAGUGAUAGAUCAGCAAGACAUGCUUGAUCUCCUAAAAGCACAGAAGGCAGAGGUCUUUGCUAGUAUCGCUAGUCUCGCACAUGUCGUGCAUCAACGAACCAACAAUUAUCGUUUCACUGGUGAAGCGAUACCCUUCGAAAUAAUACCUUUUGUGAAUGGGGCGAUGCCUAAUGAACUUCCUCAUCUGCAUCCUGCUUUGACUAGCGUACACGUUAUAAACGCUCUGACCCCGGAACAACUCAUCCGCUAUUGCUCUGGUUAUGAGCUAGCCCACGACCCCAGAAACAUAGACCUCAUGAUCGUCGACUUGAAGGCACAUAUAGGCUGUGAGGCUUCAAGCUGAACGAUGGACCUGCAGUCAAUCGAUUAAUAUUUCUCAUCCGAAUAAUACUCGUUACUUCUUAUGCUGUCUUGCUCUGCUAUGUUUACUUUCAACAGGCAAUGUACUUUACCUACAUACUCCUUGCUUUCAAUAUCACUCGCCAUACUU